CAUGCUCAGUGGAGGCUUCUGAAUUUAGCCUGUUAAAACAAAUCCCUCAGUUUAAGCAGCUGGAUCAUUGCACACUUUAUAAACUCUGGGGGAUUGAACCUGAUGGGAUCCACAGAUAAAGGUGUAACUCUGGAGCUCGGAUGCGCAAAACAAACAGACUCACACACACACCCUUGUGUCAUAUAGCAUUAUAAUUUAUUAAUUUAUUAGAGUUCAAGCUUUAAAGUUAUUGUUUUAUUUCAGUUGCAAGACUCUUCAGAUGAGAACGUGUAAUAAAUAAAUAAAUCUGAUGUGUGCUGAUCUUGAUCCAUGUCAACACCAUUCAUGACAGCAGAGGGCGCUGAUGAUCCCUGCAAAUAUUGAAAUGUUACCUUCAUUUCUUUGUACUUUGUGCUUAUUCUUUCACAUUUAUGUCAAACUUAUUGUUCUUAAAUAUUUUAAGCAAUGAUACAUGAAUGAAUUUUCUCACUAAACUGGGAAAACAGACUUGUUUUCUUUCUGUUAUUCCUGUUUAAAGGAAAUUGGGCUCCCUUCUUCCAGCUCCAGAUGGUGGGCAGUUCCCAGUCUCGGUUUUCACUCCUCAUUACAAAGGAGGAGUUAGCUCUAUAGGGGUUUAUAACAACUGGCCAGAAUAAACCCAGUCUUUUGGCACAGACUGGGAAUUCCCUGGAAGUAGACUGGACUUGUAAUUUCUUUGAUUUGAGCAAAAGGACGAGCUGAGAAAAGAAGUGGCAACAUGGCUGUUGCAGGCUGCACUAAAUGCAUAAAAUAUAUGUUAUUCUUCCUUAAUUUUAUUUUCUGGCUGGCCGGAGGUGUGAUCUUAGGAGUGGCCCUGUGGUUACGCCAUGACAGCCAAACCAGCAACCUCCUCAUUCUUCAGUUUGAAGGCCAGCAGGCGCCGGGCACCUUUUACAUCAGUGUGUACAUACUCAUAACUGUGGGCGCGAUCAUGAUGCUUGUUGGGUUUCUCGGAUGUUAUGGUGCCAUUCAGGAAUCUCAGUGUCUGCUGGGGACGUUUUUCUUCUUUUUGGUGAUCCUCUUCGCCUGUGAGGCGGCUGCAGCCAUCUGGGGCUUCAUGAACAGAGACACAAUUUCCAAAGAACUGAUUAAUUUCUAUGAUGCUGCGUACAUCAAAGCGCUGGACGUCUCAGGCUCUCCCAAUAAAGACGCAGCCGUCAAGGUGCUGGACGCUUUCCACACAACGUUGAACUGCUGUGGAAAAGGAAACGACACAGCUCUCUUCACAACGCUGGCUAAAACGUUGUGUCCUGCAAAAACCCUUUCUCCUCCAAAUGAUCAAGGCUGUCACAAGAAUCUGACAGAGCUGUUCUCUAAGAAGCUCCACGUCAUCGGCCUCGCUGCCUUGGUGGUUGCUGUCAUCAUGAUCUUUGAGAUGAUCUUCACCAUGGUGCUCUGCUGUGGGAUUCGGAACAGCCCAGGAGUUUACUAGCUGUGAACAACCCAGAGAUACGCCUGUGUGUGCUGCUCAGAGCACAAGAUCAGUGUUUUAGAUUAGAACUUGUUUUUAAAAUAGCUUAAUUGUACUUUUGAUGAACAAUUUACUUUCUGUGAGACUUUUUUUUAUAUUCCACAGCAUCCAUUUAAUUAUUUUACACAAAAUGUUUUCUAGCAGCCAGUUGUUGUUUUUACAAAUGUAUAAAUUGUACAUAAAUAACUGAUGAUUGUUAGCUAGAAGUGUGUGUGUGUGUGUGUGUGUGUGUGUGUGUGUGUGUGUGUGUGUGUGUGUGUGUGUGUGUGUGUGUGUGUGUGUGUGUGUGUGUGUGUGUGUGUGUGUGUGUGUGUGUGUGUGUGUGUGUGUGUGUGUGUUACAGUCAGCUGUUCAGUCAUGAUGAAACGUCUCACUUUUGUUAGCUUUUGAAACUCCUUGAAAAGAAAAAAAAGAAAAAUCCUGUUUUUGUUUGUGUAACCAGUGUUAGGAAUGCUAAUAAACCAUGCUAACUUUCUUUUA